CAUAUAAUUUUAGCACAACUCAGUUAAUUUUUUUUUUUUGAUAACAAUUGAGAAAAUGUCUAGCAGAAAAACAAAAUCAAAAACUACUAAAAAACGUGUUCAAAGAGCAACUUCAAAUGUCUUUGCUAUGUUUGAUCAAUCGCAAAUACAAGAAUUCAAGGAAGCUUUUAAUUUGAUUGAUCAAAAUAGGGAUGGUUUGAUUGACAAAGAUGAUCUGCAUGAAAUCUUUGCAUCUUUAGGGAAAAAUCCAGAGGAUCAGUUUAUUCAAGAUAUGCUAAAUCAAGCACCUGGACCUAUAAACUUUACAAUGUUCCUUACAUUAUUUGGAGAAAAAUUAAAUGGAACUGACCCUGAAGAUGUUAUAAAAAAUGCCUUUGCUUGUUUUGAUGAAACUGGAAAUGGCACUAUCAAUGAAGAUUAUUUAAGAGAAUUAUUAACUACAAUGGGGGACCGAUUUAAAGAUGAAGAUGUUGAUUUGCUAUUUCAUGAUGCACCAUUUAAACAAGGGGAGAUUGAUUAUCAUGGAUUUACUGAAGUAUUAAAACGUGGAAAGAAGAAUAAGGAGGAAGACCAAAACCCAAAAAUAUUUUAGUGCAAAUUACAAACUUGGCUUUUAUAAAUAUUUUGCUAUUUAUUUAUCUAUGCUUUUCUAUUAAUACAAUUUAUAUAUGUAUUUUAAACAUGUUAAAGAUAAUAUAUUGAUUUUUUAAAAAUUGCAACUUAAGUUUUAUAUAUAAUUCUACAUUGAGAAUAUUUAUUUUAUAUAUAACAAUAAUCACCAUAAUAUUUUUAACAGAUAAAAAUUAAAUUAAAAACAUUUAAACUUAGGGAAUUCCUAUUCCUUAGGCAUAAUAUACAA